CCCGCCUUUCCGGUUAGUGUGAGCCGGUCGUCUCUGUAGUACAAUGGGUUUGCUUUGCGGUUUCAGAACGUGGUGAUGUUAUCAUGAUUAGACUAAAGGAUUCUCUUCUAAGGCCUUUUCAGGCACCAGUGCAAAUCCAAACUCAUCAGAAUAGCAACUUGUAUCUGUUCAAGACUGAGGAAGCAGAUUCAGAUGAGUCAUCAGAAGAUGAGUUCAACACUGUGCAGCUCAGGACCAGGAGUAGAGAGCAGGCAAGAGACAAAAGAGGGGAACUGCUUUUGCUUGAACGUGAUGUUUCAGAUGCCGAUAAUCUUAAUAAGUUAGCACUUCAGUAUGGAUGCAAGGUUGCAGAUAUUAAAAGAGUGAACAAUCUAAUUCGAGAACAAGAUAUGUUUGCUUUGAAGUCUAUUAAAAUCCCGGUGAAGAAACAUGGGCUUUUAACUGAGGCAAAUCAAGAAUUAAGGGAUCCUAAAGGAGCUACAUCAUCUUGUGUUCUUGACAUUGAUACAAGGAAUUCUCUGGAUAGUGAUUUGGUUACAACUGACAGCUACAGGUCUGAGUCUAAUAAGUGCGCAAACUUUUUUAAAGAAAUAGACAAAAAUAUCGAAAGAAUUAUUUACUCCACAGAUACUGCAGGAAAGAGUGAUUUUGAGACUUUGAGUACAGUGCCAAAUAAUGCAGAAAACCAAACUACAGCCAAUCAUGGGGCAGACUGGGGAAUCCCUUGGUGGAAUGCAGUCCUUCUUAUGCUCAUUAUUGGAAUUGUUUUCCCAGUGUUCUAUGUUGUAUAUUUCAAAAUACAAGAAAAUGGAGCCUUGAUUUCAGCAGCCACGUCGCCAACUGCCUCCACUGUUACUUCAGAUGUGACGGAGAACAAUUUCACUACAAUAAUUCCAGAUAAACCUUUGCAUUUAAGAAAAAUGAUGCCAAGUAUUGUAACUAGGACACAUGAGAAGGGUAAAUUGCCACUGCCAUCAUAGCGUUCUCAGUAGGUUUUGCAGGUAUCUACUAAUUUGGUAGUGAAGUACCUGGUAAAUGAACUGUAAUCUCUCCAGUGAAGAAGAUACUUAAGUACAUGACUUUGGAGAACUGGUGCUGACAGUUCUAAUCCUCACCAUUUAAUCCCCACCUUCCCAAAGGGUAUAUCUUCUGUAUAUAAGAUGGAGCUAUUUGAAAGCCAUUACAUUCAUUAAAGAAGCAUUAAUAUUAUACAGAUUUAUUAAUUCAUUGAUUCAGUAUUUAAGCGAUACUUUAGACAGUUUCAAUUUACAAAAUACUUAUUCAAUCUGCAGUACUAAUUGAAAAAGAAUCAACUGAUUUCAUAUAAUUAUUUAUUUUUGUUUCUAUUACUUUCAGUGUUUUAUGGACAGUAUGGUUUUUUUCUUAGUAUUUGUGUAUAGGUCCAAACAGUAAAUGAAAAAUAAUGCAUGCACUUUUAAUAAGUUUGUUUUUUAAGAUGAUCUUUGUUUUGUUUUUUUUUUUUGCUGGCAAUAUAACAUUUGUCUUUUAAGCCAUGGUUGUGUCUGGAAUAUAACUAGUAUUAUUUUUUUAUGGUUAUGGGCUUUAUACAGUGGCAUAAACAAACCGUCAGCUGUUGAGAAAUGUGCAGUUUUAUAUGAGCUAAUAUUUUUCUGGUUUUAUUUUUUUUAAACAUAAUCCGGAAGAGUGACAUUUUUAUAAACUGGGGGAAAAAUGAUUUUAUAUAAAAUGUGUUUAGGACUUUGUUUGGUAAACAUAAAUCUGUUUACUGACUCCUUGACUAAAUCUACACUUUCAAUACUGUUUGCUUAAUUGGCUGUUUGUUUUUGUUUAUAUUUUAGUGUUUAUAUUAAAGUGUCACCUUUUUGUUUUCCUUGGUUUCUUAAAAUCUGCUUUGAUUGCUAAAAUCUAGUGCAAAAGCUUGUUUCUUUCAUCUCUCUUUAAAAAAAAAAAAAAAAAGGCAGUACUUGUCUAGAGAAAAUGUCGAUUUGCACUUAACAAAUGCUUGAUUUAAAGCUCAUGUUCAGGUACCAUAUACUAAACUGAUUGUAUUUUGAGGUGGUGCUCUGUGUUUUUCACACUUUAUGAAACAUACUGCUGGUUUCUCUUCAGAGUUUUUUUUUUUUUUUUUUAAACCUCUAUAAAUUUGUUUACUUAUUAAAUUUAUUUGCCAUGGUUGAUAAUGAUUGACUGCCUCAUAAUUUCCAAAAGUAGACAUUUUUGGAAUUGGUACUUCAUAAUAUAAACUGCCACUCCUUAUUUCUUGUUCAUUGAACCCUAAAGUAACACUACUCAUUGACAUUAUGCAUGACUGAAAUUAUUAUAAUGUCUUUACUAUUGAUUGCUGCAUCCUGCAGUAACCUGAACUUUUUAAGACUUGUUUCUGUAAGGAAUAUCAUGUAGCCUUUUGUGUCCUGAAUCAUUCUUCAUGUCAUGGAGUUUUUAAUGUAAUUUGUUGCCAUUUUUAUGUUACUGUUAAAUAUUUUUACCAUUUGCACAUGCUUUAAGGUUUCUUGUUCCUAUUUAGUAAACACAAUAAUUGCUGAAAAUAAAUGUAAGUAUAGAAAUUUGUUUCUCAUAUCAUACUACCAUAUAUAGAGUAAAUGAAGAAUUAAGAGUUCAUGUGAUGUUUUGCAUUAAAAAAUAUAUAUAUAUAUGUUUUGGAUCUUUUUUUGAACAAAAAAAUUAAUUCUCAUUAACUCCCAUAUAUUCUUUUCCUGUAGCCAUUACAAUUCAUAGAUAAUUCAGCAAAUCUCAUUUUUAAAUGUCUUACAUUAAUGCAGUAUUUAUCAUUGGAAAUAAAUUCACUAUGUUGCCCUGUUAUUAGAAUUUAAGUAAGUGUUAAAGCACAUUGAUAUUUUGCGUUUAAGUAAAUGUUCUCAUUGCUGCUAUUUUGGGCUGUACUCAUUUAUAAAAGGCAAUUUUCUAAGAUAAUAGCCCAUAUCUAUAUAUGCUGCUAAAAAGAUGAUUAAUGAUAAAGAGAUUUAAACUGUUAAUCUUAAUUAAAAAUUACAUCUGAAUAGGUUAUUUCUUUUAAAGUGUAUUAUAGAUACAGUCUGUACGAAGAAGCAUUUUUGGAAGUAUUACACUUAACUACUGUGGUUCUUUUUGUAAGCCUAAUGUACUAAAGAUAGGCAACUCUGAUUUAUUGACCUUCAUGGAAUCAUGGGUACUAAAUGCAACAUCAGUUUGGCUACAAAAACGAUGGUACUUAUUAAAUUAGAAUAUUAAAUGUGACCUCUGAUAUAUUUUUUUAAAUUGUAUGUUUAUGUGUAAAUUUUGUUUGAAAUAAUUGCUUUUGUUUCUCUUUCUUUUGUAACAUUUUCAGUUGAUAGCUAAAAUUUCUGGUUAAAUUCAAAGUCUUUAAUUAUGUUGGAUAGACUAGAUAAUUUUGUGUGAACUGCAGAGUGUGUGUGGAUGUUUUUUAUUAUUUCAGUAGCCAAAAACUCAAGAUUAAAGAUAAACAUUUAAAGUGAACUUCAAAAUAAUUAUUGUGGCGGUUAAACUGAUUUGUAUUUGAACAUUUUAUGUACAUAUAAUAUGUCAAAAUAGAAUAUUUUGAAUAAACAUAGCAUUAUUUGUUUUUUAUUUAUGAAAUUUAGUUGUAAUUGAAGAAUGUGCAGAUUAUACUAAUUUAGUUUAGUAUUUAAUGUUUAUUAAAGUAUCUUUUUAUUUA